UGGCAGCGGGGGUCGCUCACCAACUUUGACUACCUGAUGUACCUCAACUUCGCCGCGGGUCGAAGUUUUAACGACCUGGCGCAGUGGCCCGUAUUCCCCUGGGUGCUCCGAAACUACGUAUCCGCCACCCUGGAUCUCAACGACCCCAACAACUUCAGAGACCUGUCCAAGCCAGUAGGUGCCCUCAACCCCACGCGGUUGGAGGAGUUCCGGAAGCGGUUCAGAGACAUGCCGCACGACUCGUUCGAGGGAUCCGUACCGCCGUUCCUGUACGGCACCCAUUACUCCACUCCAGGGUACGUCAUGUACUGGCUCGUACGUGCGGCUCCGAGCCACAUGUUGAGGCUGCAGAACGGCCGUUUUGAUGCGCCCGACCGUCUGUUUGCCUCCGUACAGGAAGCCUGGGAGGGGGUCCUCCACAGCACCACCGACGUGAAGGAGCUCAUCCCGGAGUUCUUCAUGCCCGGGUGGGACUUCCUUGUAAACCACCGCAGACUGCCGCUGGGAGUACGGCAAAACGGAAGGUCAGUGGACGAUGUUGAGCUGCCCCCCUGGGCGACCGGUCCGCGGGACUUCCUGGCCAAGCACCGUGCAGCUCUGGAGAGCCCGGCGGUGAGCCGCCAGCUGCACGCCUGGAUAGACCUCAUCUUCGGGUACAAGCAG